AUGACAACAGCAUUGACUGUUGAACAUAAUAAUCAAAGGGCCAACGCCAACAAUGUACACAACCUACGUGACUGUGAUGGUAUCCUGUUUUCUAUGCAGCCGCACUGGUUCCGGUCCCAUUGUGAAGUCCGACUUGUACCGAUUAGAAUAAAACCUUUUAGAUUUAGAAAAAAUACUUUAUCAUUAAAAUUUAGCCGGCAAUUGUUUCCUAUUUAA